AUGCCGAGGGUGGACGAGCUCAUCGACCAGUUGGGAAAGACCCGGUACAUCAGCACCCUGGAUCUGAUCAAGGGAUAUUGGCAGGUACCCUUGGCAGCCUCCUCGCGGGAUAAGACCGCAUUCUCGACACCGGACGGCUUAUACCAAUACCAGGUCUUCCAGUUUGGCAGCUGUUCAUUUGAAGACCCCUACAGCAGCUGUGGCUACAGUGUGGCCCUCGGGACCAAUGGCUUCGCUUGGGAGCAAGUCAACACUUGGGAGAGGCCCACCAUGGACGCAGCUGUUCCCACAGGUUCUUUCAUGGUGGUGAACGGCUCCGGCCGGGCYUCGGGACAGAAGGCCCACCUGCUCCUGCCUACUCUGAAGGAGAACGACACCCACUGCAUCGACUUCCACUACUCUCUAUCCAGUCGCGACGGCUCCAGUCCCGGGACGCUCAAUGUCUACAUUAAGGUGAACGGCGGCGCCCAGGGAAACCCUGUGUGGAAUGCCUCCGGCUCGGUGACCGAGGGCUGGGUCAAGACCGAGCUGGCCAUCAGCACCUUCUGGCCUAACUCCUAUCAGGUGAUUUUCGAGUCUGUAUCCGUACAGGGCCAUCCAGGGUUCAUCGCGGUGGACGAGGUCCGAGUGUUGGCCCACCCAUGCCGGAAAGCGCCUCACUUCCUGCGGCUGCAGAAUGUGGAGGUGAAUGUGGGCCAGAACGCCACCUUCCAGUGUACCGCCGGGGGGAAGUGGUCACAACACGACCAACUGUGGCUACAGCAGUGGAAUGGUAAAGACACAGCCCUCAUGGUGACGCGGGUGGUGAACCACCGGCGUUUCUCGGCCACCGUCAGRGUCGGGGACACGUCUCAGAGAAGCACCAGCCGCUAUCGCUGUGUCAUCCGCUCCGAUGGUGGCUCCGGGGUCUCCAACUACGCAGAGCUAAUCGUCAAAGCUCCCCCCACGCCCAUUGCCCCUCCGGAGCUCUUGGCGGUGGGUGCCACCUACCUGUGGAUCAAGCCCAACGCCAACUCCAUCAUCGGGGACGGACCUAUCAUCCUGAAGGAGGUGGAGUACCGCACCACCACGGGCAACUGGGCCGAGACCCACAUCGUGGACGCCCCCACCUACAAGCUUUGGCAUUUGGACCCCGACGUGGAGUACGAGAUCAAGGUUCUGCUGACCCGGCCAGGCGAGGGAGGCACGGGUCCCCCGGGACCUCCACUCAUCACCCGGACCAAGUGUGCUGACCCAGUCAACGGGCCUCAGAAUGUCAAUGUGGUGGACAUCCGGGCCCGCCAGCUCACCCUGCAGUGGGAGACGUUUGGCUAUGCCGUGACGCGCUGCCACAGCUACAACCUGACCGUGCAGUACCAGUACGUGUUCAACCAGCAGGAGUUUGCGGCCGAGGAACUGAUCCAGACGUCAUCCCACUACACCCUGCGGGGCCUGAGGCCCUUUGUCACCGUUCGCCUACGCCUGGUCCUUGCCAACCCCGAGGGCAGCAAGGAGAGUGAGGAYAUCGUUAAGCAGACGGAGGAGGAUGUUCCCGGCUCUGUUCCAAUGGAGUCCACCCAGACCGGACCAUACGAGGAGAAGAUCUUCAUGCAGUGGAAGGCACCUAARGAGACCAAUGGUGUCAUCACGCUAUACGAGAUCACCUAUAAGGCUCUGAGCUCCUUGGACCCCAGUGCAGACCUGACCACCCAGCGCGGCAGGGUGUUCAAGCUACGCAACGAGACCCACCACCUGUUUGUGGGGCUCUACCCGGGCACCACCUACUUCUUCACCCUCAAAGCCAGCACCAACAAAGGUUUUGGACCCCCUGUUACCACCCGCAUUGCCACCAAGAUAGCAGCCCCAUCGAUGCCGGAGUACGAGACAGACACGCCCCCUCUGAACGAGACGGACACCACCAUCACAGUUCUGCUGAAGCCUGCCCAGUCCAGAGGAGCUCCCGUCAGUGUCUACCAGCUGGUGGUGAAAGAGGAACGCAAGCAGAAGGUACGGCGGGCAGCUGACGCGCAGGAGUGCUUCCCCGUCCCCGUCAGCUUCAAGAAUGCCUCCAUCUUGAAUUCGCCCCACUACUUUGCGGCGGAGCUCCCGCCCACCUACCUGACUGUGGUUCAGCCCUUCACCGUAGGCGACAACAAGACCUACAACGGCUACUGGAACCCCCCUCUCUCUUCGUCCAAGAGCUACAGCAUUUACUUCCAAGCCCUGAGCAAAGCCAAUGGGGAAACCAAAAUCAACUGUGUGAGACUGGCCACUAAAGCUCCCCUUGGAACGGUAAACUCCCUCCUCCUCUCUGUGAUGUGUCUGUGCCUGUUUGUAGGCGCGUCCACCCAGGACUCGGACGCUGUGGAGCCCGAAAAGCAGGUGGACAGCAACGUCAAGAUGGCUGGUGUCAUCGCAGGCAUCCUCAUGUUCGUCAUCAUCCUACUAGGAGUGGUUCUCACCUUCAAACGCAGAAGAAAUGCAUAUUCCUACUCUUAUUACCUGAAACUGGCCAAAAAACAGAAGGAGACAGCCAACAGCAGCACUCAGCGGGAGAUGGGACCGGUGGGCACGGCUGACAAGAGCACCACCAAAGUCAGCACUCUGCACAAGGACGACCCUUUCUCCACCAGCAGCCAGGACCUCAAUGGUUUCACAUCCCCCUCUCCCUGCUCCUUCUCUGUGCAAGGCAAAACUCUGCAAAGCAAAUCCCUUUUGAAUUCCUACUACUCAGGUACAGCCAUACCACUCUGA